AUGCCUGAAGAAUUCCAGUUGUUCAGCUCAUUACGGUAUGAUAAAAAGCUUCUUGACGUCCCAGCCAGUGGCUUCGCACAAGCUGGCUGGAACCACGAGAACACCUCCCCGUUCUAUAUGCUAGAUUACCACCGUGAUCGCAUAUUGCGUGCUGCAACAUAUUGGGGAUGGAAUCCUGCGAUCAAGGCAAUUGCUGGUCCAGAGGGUCUAGAAAACCUAGAGUCAUUCUUGACGAAGAACCUAGAAUCUGGCCCCGCGCCCUCGAGAGUGAAGGUCACAUUAACGAAAGACGGAGAGCUGGGUGUUGAAUCCAACAAUGUGCCCGAGCAGUCCCUAGCCAAUCUCUUCCCGUCUCAAGCAUUACCUCAAGAUAUCGAGGAUGCUGUUCAAGGUUCCCUCGGAGUUCUGGAACGAGAGCCGGUAUAUGAGGUCUACCUGGACCAGGAUCCAACGCAUCGCUCUGAAUACACCCACUACAAGACGACUAAGCGUGCAAUGUACGACGGCGCUCGAAAACGUGCCGGCAUUGCUCUUACAGACACCAAGGAAGUCCUUUUGGUGAACCAGGACGAUGGCACGGUCAUGGAAGGCAGCACAACGACGCCCUACUUCUUCAGAGGGGGCCGAUGGGUGACGCCUCCUGUUUCCCGCCAAUAUAACGCGGAGGCUGGUAGCGGCGGUCAAGAUGGCACGACUAGACGUUGGGCAUUAGAAAGGUGA